AUGAUUGUGCGCCGAACGAAAGAACAUUUUGGGUUUUAUUUGAACUGUUCGAAACCAACGGGCACUGAUAAUUGGACAAUCGAAACUCGGCAAAAGGAUGUAUUCAUUUCGAAUCGAGUGGACAACAAAGUGAAAGAAGAAAGCAUAACAAUAUUUAGCAAGAAUGCUCACACGUGGGGAUGGGAGGAAUUUACCAAAUGGGAUGUAUUGGGAAAGGACUUCCUUGUCGAUGACAAACUGACAGCUGAAAUGCGAAAAAUGGGAUGUUCUGGAAAAAGACUUCCUUGUCGAUGA